AAUAAAUCAUUUUUAGUAGGUCCCACCUGGGUCCCACACCCGACCCGCUGUCUGCUUUCUUUCUCCCAAAGCCGUUUCUGCUGCUUCAGAAAACCCGUCCACCCCCAAAAUUCCCAUCAUCGGCGGCCUAAACCCUUGCACCUCCGUCUGAUUAUCCAUCCGUACUCCAACCAAUUACCACAAAUGGCGGCGGCGGCGGCGGCGUUCUCUUCAUCCGAUAUCAUAACUGAAGGCCCCGUCCUUAAUCUAAUCAACAAGCGCCUCCGCGCCUUGCGCAAAAAGAUGAACCGCAUAUCGCAAAUGGAGGAGUCUCUCUCCCAAGGCAAAGCCCUCAACAAAGAGCAGGAGGAAACCUUGCGAUCCAAAUCAUCCGUUCUCGCUGGCAUUGACGAGCUUGAAAAACUCCGCCAGCCCCUCUCGGAAGCCGUGAAUCAGGAAAUUCAGCUGGCGUUGGAGAAAAAUACGCAACGUUCGGAAACCCUAACCGGUGAGAGGUCGGACGAGGAGGAGGAUGGAACCGUGGAGCCUAAUGCCGGUGGGGAGAACGACGGCGUUUCUGCUCUUUCCGAUCUGCUUAGUUUGGUCUACUUUGGAAGCAUUUUCGAUGUGCAGGCUUUAAUGAGCGCACACGACAACCUGUUGACGAGGACGCAUGAGAGGAACUGCUGCCUCACAUACGAUUACGUGACCGAUGAUGAUGCUGAGGGCGAUCCUUUGAGAGAGUGGGACUUGGAUUUGAUUGCAAUGAUGGGGGGUCUCUUGAUUUCGCGGCCGGUGAAUUCGUGCCUGUCGCACAAGGAUGCGCUGCAGAAGUGUGUGGAACAUGCGAAGCUAUGGCUUGCGAAUUCGGAGCAGCCCAUCGAGCCCGAUUCGGAUAUCACUUAUGCCUGGUUGAGAGAGAAGCUAAACAGAAUUAUGGCUUCGGACUACUACACAACUAUACCAGAGAUAAGGGCUCCUGUUGAAGUGGCUGCAACUGGUGGCAAUUAUACUUCAUUCCAGCUUCCGGUGCAUGAACCUGUGCUUCCUCAAGUUGUUUCGACUGUCUCAGUAGAAGAUUCAGCUACAGAGUAUGACCAAGAGGAAGAAGAAUCGGAGAAUUCUGAUGACAACGAUAUCGACAAUCAAGAAGCUUGCCCGAUUGAAGAACUUAAACAGGAAGGAUCGGAGGUAGAAAGUGUAUCAGAACCCCAGGCUCAGGGAAUACCUGAUACACAAGUAGAUGAAAACUCGAGGAAUAUGGACCUAAAUGUCCAACAACAUUCCAAUCGGGGGCCAUAUCAUAAUUACAGAGGUGGUCGUGGUGUAAGGAUUUAUGAACAGUCUGGUAAUUAUUACCCAAGGAACAACUACAGAGGCAGAGGUAGCAGGGGUAUGACUGGUAAUUACAAUCUCGAUGUGCCAGCUAGUCUCGAUGACCGCGUUCAGCAUCCGUCUUAAAGGAGGUAAUUUUUCGAGUCUUGUUUUGUAUUUAAACGAAUGGGAAAAAGUACAACAAUCAUUAGAAGGGGAUGAAAUCGCGUUGAACUGGAGAUUGAUUUCUUCUGUUCUUUGUGUCUUAGAUUUAUAUUUACGUGCACUUGUGUUGUUUAGUUGGUUUGCGUGUAGAAUUUGAUCGAUUAGGACAGGUGAUCUUACAGGCGUCGAGUUUAUUAGGGCAUGGAAUAACGUUGUAUGUAAACGUUUGAACUUUUGUUAUGUAAUUACUUGUACACUAAAUAUCAAUCUUGUUUUUGGCAACCAA